UGCUUGCAAACAGUACCGCGGAAACGGUGGAAUUAACGAAAUUAAACAUUAUUGCAUUUUAUUAAUAUCAUAUAAUAUUAGAGAAUAUGCUCGUCGGCGUCGUCGACAAUCAUUAUUAAAGUGGUAACUAUCAGAAACGAGUCAAAUUCGCGCCACAAUCACGAAACGAACAUUCUUCACCAAGAGAAAUGUCUUGCAACUAUGCUGAUGGUUUAUCUCCAUAUGAAUAUAAAGGGGAAGUUGGUAUGAAUGAAGUUUUUGACUCUCCUGAAGUUUUAAUACAAAAGAUUUCACUUCUUGCCGAGUGGAUCAAAGAUUCUAAAUAUACAGUUUUUCAUACAGGUGCUGGCAUAAGUACAUCAGCGGGUAUACCAGAUUUUAGAGGACCUAAAGGAGUAUGGACUUUAGAAAAAGAAGGAAAGAAACCUGAAAUCAACUUAGAUUUCAAUGAUGCUAAACCAACAGUCACACAUAUGGCAAUCAAAAGCUUGGUAAAAAAAGGAUAUGCAAAAUAUGUUGUGAGUCAGAAUAUAGAUGGAUUGCAUUUAAAGUCAGGAUUACAUCGCCAACAUGUAUCUGAAGUCCAUGGAAAUAUGUUUACAAUGAAAUGUAACAAGUGCAGAAGGAGUUAUGUGAGUAAGACUGCUGUAAAAACAGUUGGACAGCGAUGUUUGGACAUAAAAUGUUUUGGAAAAAAUAAGAAUGGUUAUCAAUGCCGAGGUAUUUUAUAUGAUACAAUACUAGACUGGGAACAUCAAUUACCCAUUGAAGAGUUGGAGUUAUCGGAGUUACAUUCAAAAAUGGCAGAUUUAUGCAUUUGUCUUGGAACUUCAUUACAAAUUCAACCAAUCAAUCUGGUUCCAUUUAACGCAAAGAAAAACAAAGGAAAAGUCGUUAUUUGCAAUUUGCAAAAAACAAACUGCGAUCGUAAAGCAGAUUUAGUUAUUCAUACAUAUGUAGACAAUUUGAUGAAGUCUCUAAUGGAUAUCCUUGGAGUGGAUAUUGAUGAAUACGAUGAGAUUAAAGAUCCAACAAAUAUAAAUUAUGAAAUCACUGAUUGGACAAUUUAUGAAAUAGAUUUAAAGAAAGUACGAGAAAUUAAAAAAAACACUGCCAAAUCUAAAAAAAGAAAAAAAUCUAAAGCCAAAUUUUCUAAUCCGGAAUUAGAAACAGAAUUGCCUUGUAAUAAUCAAGUUCUUAARCCAUCCAAAAUUUCUAAACUCAAUAAUAUUGAUAAUAUUAUAAAAUAAUAACAA